AUGGCGAACCUGCCUCCUCGCCCAGUUUUCACCAAUUUAGGGGACGGCACGCCCGCAUACAACAGCCGUGCCCGGGGCUCCAACCUGCCGAGUGGCAUGAAUCCAGGGCACUCGACGAAUCCCCGGCACUUCCACCCUUAUGACCGCCGGCUGAGCACACCCACCACUCAAGGGUCCCGUUUUGCCACCAUUCCUCCGUGGCGGCGCAACAGGAUCCAUCACAAUUCCCAACCUGGCUUCCCAACACAUCAAUAUACUGGUCAGUACUCGGCCCCCUUCUCGGGCGGGACCGCAUUCGCCAGCCACCGCGUCCCCGUCAACAUCAACGCGACCCGGGCCAGACAACAACAACAAGGCGGCCGACAGAGCGUCCCAGCCAACUACGCUGUCAACGAGCCCAUGGUUCCGUUCUCCCGCUCGGCCGUCAGCAGCUCUUCCCACCCGGCUAGCUGCUCCAGUGAGGCUACUGCCACCACAACAAGGGGUGCUAACGGUGCUGCGGGCUCAGCGCCGUCACCAAACCUGGGCGCCGGUGAAACCUCUCCGCGGUCGUUCUCGGCUAUUAAUACUGUCAGUCAUGGCGCAGGUAGCCAGCCUUCCUGGCACGGUGUGAGCCAGACGACAAGUUCGACCACCCUAGGUGGGAGGCCAUUCGCUUCUAAUAACCCUCCCACUUGCACCAGCCAAACAACCCCAUCCAAAACGACGACGACGGGUACAGCCGCCACCACCACCACCACCGCCACCACCAUCU